AUGCCCCGACCUUUUCUAACAAACAGUGAUGGACUUCGACCCGUGUGUCUUCGCUGCCAACAAGCUUCUCGAAAUUGCCAGUGGAGCAACCGUUCUCCAAGAGAGCAACAGUCCAGGUCGCCCACUACCCCAGAUCAGAGCUUAACCACCAGGCCGCGGUCCGCCGAAUACGUAUCGACGAAAGAUCCCGAAGCGGCACUCCGGAACCCCCAUAUUGCGACAAUAUUUCGUUACUAUAUCGAACAUCUGGCCGGAUGGUAUGACCUCAACGAUGUCAAGAGACAUUUCGGUGACAUAGUCCCUUCAUGUGCGCGGAGAAACUCGCUCCUUCUCAGCGCCAUCCUAGCCUUUGCCGCAGCGAGUCAGAGUUCGAGCUUCCUGAAGAAAGACCUUUGGGACUUGGCAGAGUCGUAUCACCUCGAGAGUGUUCAGGCACUGCUGCAGCUCACAGAAAAUCCAGAUGAAUUCCGGACUGGCGAGACGCUGGCCGCUAUUUGUCUUCUUCGGUCGUAUGAGAUUAUAUCGCAAAAUGUCAGUUGUCAGAAUCAUCUUCAAGGAUCAUAUUCCUUGUUAGCAAGUCGGCCUGCUGGGCUUGAAGCCGGGUUACUCAGCGCCGGCUUCUGGAAUUACCUCCGAGAAGAUAUUACCGUUGCGCUUAUAGAGAAACGGAGUCUUAUGAUAGAGCUCUCUCAAGAACACCUGCCUCCAACAGUCGAGGGCGAAGAUGACCUUGCCAACAGAAUUACAUACCUGCUAGGAAAAGUUAUCAACCGAUGCCUCAAUCAAGACGCUUCGCCCUUAGAGCAGCACGAGUGGCACUCACUCGGCGAUGAGCUCGAUACCUGGCGUGCCUCUCUACCCGCCUCGUUCGAGCCUAUUGGGACUCCGGGGCUAUAUGGACAAAGUAACUUUCCCUGCUUAUGGACAGUCAGCGGAUGGCAUGCCUCGAGUCUGCAAUAUUACCACACGGCCCUGGCAAUCCUGAGCAUUGCUGAACCGAUGCAGACUGGCAUGAAUACGCUCCAACAAAUCCAACUCAUCAAUAACUUUGAGAAAAAGCUCAAUCAUCACGCAGUUCAGGUCUCGGCUCUUGCGAUUUUUAGCAAUUCUGCGCCCGUGUGGGUCAAUUCGUUUGGCCCCAUUUCCUUCUGUGGUCCGUGGCUGAGAGACUCACAGAGAGUUCACGAAUUAAUCGAGGAGACACGCAAAUGGGGAAGCAAGACCGGCUGGCCAGUUGCGAGUAUAGUCGAGUCGCUGUCGCGGUCGGGGACCAGAGGGUGA